GCGUCACUGCCGGAGCGGCCCAAGAUGGAGGCCGGCGUCAGCGGCGGGGGCCCGCUCCCGAGGCUCCGGCGCCCUUUGCGGCCAGGGGCAGAGCCCCGCGACCCGCUGCUGCCGCAGCAGCCUUUCGGGAGCGGCGGGACGGCUGAAGAGUCUACAGCUGUAGAGAAGAAGAAGCAGCCUCUCGCCAGACUGAAUAUUCAUUCUGCGUUCUGGAUUUUGGCAUCAAUUGCUGUGACAUACUACUUUGAUUUUUUUAAAACUGUUAAAGAAACUAUUCAAGCAGAUAGUUGGUGGCUUGCCUCUGGCAGUUGUUUAUUGGCUGCAUGUUUAUCUGUUGCCUUUUACUGCAUACUGUAUCUUGAGUGGUAUUGUGGCAUUGAGGACUAUGAUACACAGUAUCCAGCACUGAUACCUAUCACAACAGCUACCUUUAUUGCAGCAGCCAUUUGUUUCAAUGUUGCCUUGUGGCCUGUCUGGUCAUUUAUGACACCAUUGUUGCUCUUCAUUCAGUUUAUGGGUGUUGUGAUGCUUGUGUCACUCCUGGGAUAAGUCCUUCAGCUUCACGUGAAGGGCUCAAGCAACUGUUAUUCUGCCAAGUGGAUGUCACUUUUGUAACACUCUGAUGCUUUUAUUGUUUCUAAUACUGCUUGUUUGCUCUAACUUAUACCAUGAUUAUUAUAUUACCUGAUUUAUAAAUCAAAUUGACAUAACCAUGGGUCAACCAGUGGCUGGGAAAAAGCAACUGAUUAGUAAACAAUUGAAGGAUACAUUGGUUUUACUUCUCUUAGUGACAUAAAGCAUUUCCUCACUGCUUUGUAAAGCUUUUAUUUAUAUUUCAUUUUAAAACAGUUGGGUAAUAAGUCAUAGAAUAGUUUGAGUUGGAAGGGACCUAUAAAGUUCACCUCUGGGGGCUCUAGAGAUCACCUAGUCCAACUUCCUGCUCAAAGCAGGUUGUUUCAUUUGAAAAUUCAAAUCUUGUGGGAUCUUAAUACUAAAUUCUUUCCAUUUGCAGCAAUAAAGAAGCUGACAUUAAAUGCUAUUAGUCAUACACAGUUGGGAAAAUAAAACAUCAUUGUCUUGUCUGUUCAUCUUGGCUGAGGUACUUAAGGGUCUGGAAACCUGGGCACCGUCUAAUUGCUCAGCCAUUUUAUGUAGAUCCUUGUGUUAAAUACUUUCACACCCACACCUUUUGGAAGAUAGGAGAAUGUAGAAGCUGGGUGUUGCAAUUUGUUAAUAUUUACUCCUUGUGACUGGUUCUUGAAGACUGGACCGUUAGAGGAGACUGUGUUUUUCAUUCUGACUUUCAAAUUCACACCAUUGCCAAGUACAAAAUACAUGAAAUGUUUAGUAAUGAAAAUGAUAGACAUUGUCUUUAUCUGCCACUGUUUCAUUAUGGAAAAAAUGUUGCUGUUGGUAUGCAAUACAAAGGAUCAGUCAAACCAAAAUAAAAUAUAUUUAGCACUACUGUUAAGUAGCUUAUAGAGUAAGUUAACAGCUUGAUUUGUUUAAAUGUAAUAUUGAAGUUUUCUAAACUCAGUUGUAUUUCAUCUUUAAAAGGCGAGUUGUUUAUCUUCUUGUCUUCAUCUUUUAACAAUUUUUAACUAUUUUAUAUGUGCAUACACAGGUACAUUUGAGUAACUUGUUUAUUAUGGUAUUUAAAAAGCAGUGUUGCUCAGGGAUGGUAAUUAUCACUGUAUUUUUAUUUGUCAGCUAUAUAAAUGCUCUAGCUGGUUUAAAUUGCCUUGUACUCUUGAAUUAAAAUUACUGUUUGCUACAUGGUUUUUCAGAUUUAUUCUUCUGGACAUAAUAAACUUUGUAUAAAAGUGAUCAA